AUGGUUUUGGUGAAACCGAGAAGGAGCAGUUCAAAAAAUUACUGGAAGGCGAUUGAGUGGGUUUGUCGGCAGGUUAUUGGCUGGGUUUGCACGAGAUCUGUGGUUCUUCGGGCCGCUACUGUUCUUCUCUCUCUUAGUAGAAGUCUCUGCUCACGCUCGAGCAGAAUGGAAUCUCAGAUCAAGCACGCUAUUGUGGUGAAAGUUAUGGGUCGUACAGGAUCCAGAGGGCAGGUGACUAAGGAAAUCGAGGAAGCUCUAGACAUGAUAAUGUGUCUUGAGGACAGAAAUCUCACCAUAAAAGAGGAUCUCUAUGCUACUGCACUAUGCGUUAGGUUGCUUAGGCAAUAUGGCUACAAUGUUUCACAAGACAUAUUUAUCGGAUUCGUGGAUGAGAUGGGUAAUUUUAGGCAAAGCACAAACACAAAUGUCAAAGCAAUGCUUGAGCUGUUUGAAGCAUCACACCUUGCCUUAGAAGGUGAAAACACAAUGGACAAGGCCAAAAUGUUUUCUACUGAAAAUCUCAAGACUGUCAUUUCAAACUCAAAUGAUUCACUAGCCAAACAAUUGAGCACUGCGUUGGAGCUUCCGUUGCAUUGGAGAUUGGAGUGGUAUAAUGUCACGAAACACAUCCAUGGAUAUGGAAAAGUGGGUAACAUCAACACUAGUUUGCUCAAGCUGGCUAAGCUUCAUUUCAACAUGGUUCAAGCCACACACCAAAAAGAUCUUGGGGAAAUAACAAGGUGGUGGAGGAAUCUUGGGAUAGCAAGAAAUUUAAGCUUUUCAAGGGACCGAAUAAUCGAAAGUUACUUAUUUGUGGUGGGACUCAAUUUUGAGCCUCAGUACAAAUGUUUCAGAAAUUGGCUAGCCAAAGUCCUUAGCUUAAUGAUGACAAUAGAUGAUGUUUAUGAUGUUUAUGGCUCACUGCAAGAAUUAGAGCUAUUCACAAAGGCAGUUGAUAGGUAA